UUUUUCUCUCACUCACUCACUCCACUCUCUGUUUCUCGCUCACUCUCACUCACGCUGUCUUCUCCCCGGCCGGCACCCCCUGCUCUCCCUGCCCGGCCCUGCUGCUCUUCUUUCCUGCUUCGCCAGCCGGCGGCGCAGCUCCUGUCGCCUCCUCCCCUGGCCGUCGCGCGGUCGCCUCCGUCACCACGCCACCGCCGCCGCACAGCAGCAGCUAGCCGGCAGACCGGCACCUGGUGCGCAUGCGUCAAGGUGCCGUUGUCCAUCCCUGCAUCCAGCCAGGGGAUGGCCGACGCGGCCCUCCACGCGGUGCAACGGGUGUUGGGCAAGGCACUAGCCCCCUUUGCGGAUGGCGUGCUGGAGGCGUGGGCGGACGGCAGGAACUUUGGGCUCAACAUCGGGGCCCUCAGCGCGGAACUGCUGCAGGUGCAGGCCACACUUGAAACAGCUGCCACCAAGGAUCUUGCCGGCCGGCCGGCUACGGAGAAGCUGCUGCAGAACCUGCGGGACUCGGUGCAUGAUGCCGAGGACUUGCUGGACGAGCUGGAUUACUUUCGCAUCCACGACGAGCUCCAUGGCACGUACGAUGCUGCCGACCAGCACGGCAAUGGUGUCAUCCGUGACCUCGCCCGCGAUGCUUGCCACACCAUCAAAGCUCUUGGCAAACUGGUCAAUUGUUUCCCUUGGCAGCGCGCUGAGCUCCAGCAGAGGUCACUCGGUGAUUCGUUCUCGGCGCCAGACGCCAACCGGGAGGUCAGUGGAUGCAUGCCCAACCUCGGUAAACUUCUCCUGUCCUCAUGUUCCCCACAUCCACGUGUCGGUGGUGGUGAUGAAGAUAGUGCCAAUGCGCAAGAAACACCAAUGCCUGAGUUUAAUAGGGUUGAUUUCUCUCGAAGGAUGAAGCAAACUGUAGAGCAACUAAAGCUGGGGAGUGAGAAGGUUGACAAGAUUCUGAUACAUUGUUGCCCUAGAGCUGCCCUAGACAUUGCCCAGCAUCGUCUCCUCACCACACCUCAGAGUGCAGAACCAAAAUUGUAUGGGAGGGACCGUGUCAUGAAUAGCAUCAUACAUGAUAUCACUGAGGGUCAAUACUGUGACAAGGGUCUAACUGUGCUUCCGGUUAUUGGUCCGGGGGGAAUUGGGAAGACAACUCUGAUACAGCACAUAUAUAACAACCAGCAAGUGCGGAACCAUUUUCCGGUCAGGAUUUGGAUAUGUGUGUCGUUCAAUUUCAACCUGGGUAAGGUGCUAGAAGAGAUUGAAAAAUAUACCACUCCAGUUGAAGGUGAAAAAAAGCAUGUUCGACCAGAAGAGCUGAUUGAACAAAGAUUAAAAACCAAAAGAUUCUUACUUGUAUUGGAUGAUAUCUGGAAGAUUAGUAAUGGAGAUGAGUGGAAAAAUCUUUUGUCGACAGUAGGUCAAUCAGAAGAAAAGGGUUCCAUGAUUCUAGUCACAACUCGGCAAAAAGAAAUAGCAGACCAGGUUAAGAAAUCUGAAGAGCCAAAAGAACUGAACGGUUUAGAACCUGAAGAGUUUAGGAAGUUAUUCCUUGUAUAUGUCUUUGAUGCAGAGCAAUAUCCAAGGGAUAAACUUCAUUUGUGUGAGAUUGGAGAUAAGAUCAUGGAAAAACUGAAGUGCUCCCCUCUUGCAGCAAAGACUGUUGGUAGAUUACUCAGGACAAACCUUAGUUUGCCUCAUUGGAUAAGUGUCCUAGAAAGUAAAGAAUGGUUGAAGCAGACCAAUGACAAUUGGAUUAUGCCUGCCUUGGAGCUUAGCUAUGUCUUUCUCCCUUUCCACCUGCAACAAUGUUUUUCCUAUUCUGCAUUAUUUCCUGAAGAUUACCCAUUCAGAAGCCGUGAGCUCAUCAGCCUGUGGAUCGGACUAGAUAUUUUGAUACCUGAUAGUCAAAAUCAAACACUUGAAGACAUAGGUUUCAGAAAUUUAAAGGAGUUAGUCAUCCAUGGAUUUUUCAGAGAAGAGAAAAUUGAUGGUGAUCCGUGUUAUGUUAUGCAUGACCUACUGCAUGAUUUGGCAGUGAAGGUUGCAUCUCAUGAUUGUCUUAGUUUACGUCUCCCUAAUGUUGCAUCAGUAGAAAUUCAGCCAACCACCCGCCACUUGUCUAUAAGCACAGAGGACUUAGGUGAAUAUGAUGUAGUGUCUGGUGAAAAAUUAAAGAGUGAAUUGGAAGAAAUGAAGACAAUAUUGACAAUUGGACAUUUACAAACAUUGAUGUUAUUUGGAGAAAUGGAUGAAAGUUUUGCCAAGAUAUUUGGUGAUUUUUUUGGGGAAACAAAUGCUCUUCGUGUUCUUUAUUUGCCCCACCUGAUGUACCCCAUGGAGUCUGUUUUACAUAACUUUUCAAGACUUGUCCACCUACGAUGCCUAUGUCUAGGAACAUGGAAGAGACAGAUGCAAUUACCACCUAACAUCUCUAAAUUUUAUCAUUUAAGGGUUCUAGAUCUUAAGAGGUGGGGUGGCAGUGGUGAUUCUCCCGAAGACAUGUGCAACCUUGCAAAAUUGUGCCACUAUUAUACCCCAAGAGAUGCUGGGCUUCAUUAUGAUAUUUAUAAUGUGGGAAAACUUAAACUCUUAGAAAAGUUGAAGGUAUUUCAUAGCCUUCAACCACAUCGAGAUCUUCAACUUCAGAUACAGGGCUGUCCAGAAUUCUCAUCGGCGAUUCCCAUCUCCUGGAUUAACAGUCUGCGUCGUGCCACGAUAAAAAAUGUAAAGUUACUACAGGAGUUUGUGUACUCAAAAUCAUCUGGUAGAGCAGAAUUGGAUCUCGUUGGACGGGGUGAUCUGCAUAGCUUAGACCAAGUGUUAGUUUUCGAUAAAGAAACAUGUCUUGAGAAGCUGACACUGCUGAGGUGCCCACCUCUGGAGUUGAAGCACCUUCUGAAGCUAAAAUCGCUGAAGACAUUGAUUGUACACCUUUCAGAUGGUCUGGUUGGACCACUAGUAGGUCAGGGUGAUGUGGAAUGGCAGCUUCCUAUUGAGCAUAUUGAGAUCUACAACAUAAAUGGUAUCAUUGGCAAGGAUUUGACAGAGCUCCUCCCCCACCUCCCGGAGCUCUCCAAAUUGGAAAUAAAAUGGUGUAAAAACAUAAAACAACUGGUAGUGGGGGUGGAUCUGCAUCAAACAACAUCAGCAGCAAUAUCGGAGAUAGAGGAAGAUGAUGACGGGGUGCUGCUCUUCCCAGCUCGUCUCUGUCGCUCACUACGGGAGUUGGAGUUCAGUCACUGCCCAGAGCUAGUCCUGGUGGACCCGCCAACUCUUGUUCCUGGAAGAGGAGGGCUCCAAGCCUUGCAAACUCUCCAGAGAUUAAGCAUAGUGCCUUCCCCUAGGUUUCUAUCCAGAUUGGAAAUAGUGCCUUCCCGUCACAUUUUCCCUUCGUCCCUGCACUUCCUGGAGCUUAUGAGUGUGAAAGGCAUGGGGACACUGGAGCCCCUCUCAAACCUCUCCUCUCUUGUCACAUUAAAACUGUGGAGUUGUGGAGAGAAUCUGACAUGUCAGGGCUUGCGGUCUCUCCUUACCACUGGGGCCCAGCUCAAAGAAUUAAGAGUCUCUUGGAGCCCUAGAUUCUUUGAUGGUUGGGAGGACGCUAAAGGAGGAGAAAAGCAGCAGACACUGCGGGUGCUCGAGACGGAUGAUGCAGCGGGGCUCCUUUCUGCACCCAUCUGCAGCUUCCUCUCGUCCUCCCUUACCACGCUGAAACUUUGUGGGGACGGGUCUGAAGGGAUGGAGCGCUUCAGCGAGGAGCAAGAGGACGCCCUUCAGCUCCUCUCCUCCCUCCAGGAACUAGAGUUUUGGCAAUUUCACAAUCUUCAGCAACUCCCCGCAGGACUGCGCAACCUUACCGGCCUCAAGGAAUUAGCAAUCCACUCUGCAACCGUCUCUUCCUUGCCCAACGGUGGCCUCCCUGAAUCACUGCAAAAGCUAAUUGUUAUAUAUGGGUGCAAUGAAAAGCUAAGACAGCACUGCAGGGGGUUAGAGGGAACCAUCCCAGAACUCAGAAUACAAUGAUCCAAGGCAACACAAACAUACUUUCUUGUGUUUUCCACUUUGCCCUUUUCCUGCAAUACUGC